GUGCCUCAGGACUUUCCCAAACCUCACCAUUCCCCCUGUUCAUAUUUCCUUACACUCUUUGUUGCUGAAACCUCCCUCCAGUUUCCCACAAUUGUCGUCUAUUUAUUGGCCUCAGAUUGCUUUUGCUCCCUGUGCUGGGUUGCUAUUAGAGCAAAAAACUUUUGAUUCCAAGGACAGCUUUUGUAUGCCAAACUGUGUGCCAAAUUGGGAGAGGAGGAUGCACACAGCAACAUCUUACUCUGUUUAGUGCUCUGAACUUGCAUGUUCAAUCUGCAUGUUUUAUUAAACAAAAAUACAAAGAUAAAGAAUAUUUGUGACAUAAUUUCAAUUAUAGGAAUUACUCUCCAUCCCAUACUUUUUAUAGGUCCUUGAAGUACCAUUUUGAAGAUUAAUGUGCAUUAGGAAAUCUGCUUUUAAGAAUAGAUAAGUACAUACAGAAUUUCAGGCUUCAUUACAGUUUUGAAUGAUGUUCACUGAUGAUAAAAUGUGUGUUUUAACAGUAAAACAUAGAAGCAAUUUCAUUGUACACUCUUCUUUGCUACUGCUGUAGCUAACUGUUAACUCGCAAACCACAUAGUUUCAGCUCCUUUUUUGGUGUUCACUCAGUGGGAAUUGAAAGCAUGCCAUGUUCCUCAAUUCUGCUGUUCUGUGACCCUGUGCUGGUUGUACUAACUGGCUUGGCGGAUUAAGUAUCCUUGCAAGAUAAUUGGCUGUAGGGGAGGGCUUUAUACUAGUGUACAUCUAUGUUGGGUUUAAUGUUUUAGAGUUGUUAUGGACAGUGCAGUAUCUUGAGGCUUGCUACACUGUAGUCUUGUACAAGAACGUUCUGUGUUCCACGUCAACAUGGAAAGAAAAGUUCUCAACAAAGAGCUGCUACCUGGUCAUGAUGAAGAAGCUGUUGUGGAUACAGGUAAAAUUAGCUCUACAAUCACCACAAACUUUGAGAAAGAAGAGCUUGAAAGUCACAGAGCUGUGUAUAUUGGUGUGCACGUUCCCUUUGGGAAACAAGGUCGACGACGUCAUAAACAUCGUGGACAUAAACAUCAUAGAAGAAGAAGAGAAAAGGAAACUGAUAGAGAAGAUGGUCGAGAUUCUCCCUCUUACGACACACCAUCUCAGAGGGUACAGUUUAUUCUGGGUACUGAAGAUGAUGAUGAAGAACACAUUCCUCAUGAUUUGUUCACUGAAAUGGAUGAACUUUGUUUUAGAGAAGGAGAAGAAUAUGAAUGGAAAGAAACUGCCAGAUGGCUGAAAUUUGAAGAAGACGUUGAAGAUGGUGGUGAACGAUGGAGUAAACCUUACGUGGCUACCCUGUCUCUCCACAGUUUGUUUGAAUUGAGGAGCUGUAUUUUGAAUGGAACAGUCAUGCUGGAUAUGAGAGCAAAUUCACUGGAUGAAAUAGCAGAUAUGGUAUUGGAUAACAUGAUCACUUCUGGUCAUUUGGAUGAAUCUAUGAGAGAGAAUGUCAGAGAGGCACUUUUGAAAAGGCACCAUCAUCAGAAUGAAAAAAAAUUCAGUAAUCGGAUUCCCCUUGUUCGAUCUUUUGCAGAUAUAGGCAAGAAACAUUCUGACCCUCUGUUGCUUGACAGAAAUGGGGAGGGCCUUUCAGCCUCCCGCCACUCUUUGCGAGCAGGUCUCUCUGCUUCACAUAGUUCCCUGAGAGGAGAGAAUCGUUUGUCCCUUCUUCUCAAUUAUCUUCUUCCUGGAUCUCCAGCGGCCUCAAGGAGAACAACCCCUUUACCUACCCCUCAAAGCACCCCACCCUCCAGUCCUAGAUGCGAUCAUGAGGCAACCACAAAUGUGCAGCCACCUGAGCUUCAGGGUGCCGGACUUCUAGUAUCUCCUUGUAAUUAUGAUAUACCUAAAGUAAUAAUCCAUCCACCUGAGGAGGAUUUAGAAGCUCAGGAAAAUGUGGAGAAGACUACAGAGGAUAAUAAUGACAUAACAUCAGGGCUCCUAGCAUCACCACAGUCUGCACCUGGUAAUUUGGAUACUGGAAAAAGUGGAGAAGUUAAAAGUAGUGGAACAGGAGGAAGUAGAGAAAACAGCACUGUUGAUUUUAGCAAGGACUCUGCCUCCUGGCACUGUAGUUGUGGCACACUUGGUGUGGGACUCAAGAGGCCAGCUGUAGAUAUGAACUUUAUGCGGAAGAUUCCUAUAGGGGCUGAAGCAUCAAAUGUGUUGGUGGGAGAAGUGGAUUUUUUGGAGAGACCAAUUAUUGCUUUUAUCAGGCUGUCCCCUGCUGUACUUCUCACAGGUCUCACAGAGGUUCCUGUUCCUACACGAUUCCUUUUUUUGUUGUUGGGUCCAGCAGGCAAAGCACCUCAGUACCAUGAAAUUGGACGAUCAAUAGCAACACUUAUGACUGAUGAUGUAUUCCAUGAUGUUGCUUAUAAAGCCAAAGACCGAAAUGAUCUGUUAUCUGGCGUAGAUGAAUUUUUAGAUCAAGUGACUGUUCUGCCUCCAGGAGAGUGGGAUCCAUCUAUACGAAUUGAGCCACCUAAAAGUGUUCCUUCUCAGGAGAAAAGAAAGAUUCCUAAAUUUCCAAAUGGAGCUCCUUCUCCUGGAGAGUCUCUUAAAGAAGAAGGUCAUCAUGCUGGACCUGAACUACAGAGGACUGGAAGGCUAUUUGGUGGUUUGAUACUUGACAUCAAAAGGAAAGCACCUUUUUUCUUGAGUGACAUCAAGGAUGCAUUUAAUCUGCAGUGCCUGGCCUCGAUUCUUUUCCUAUACUGUGCCUGUAUGUCUCCUGUAAUCACUUUUGGAGGGCUCCUUGGAGAAGCUACAGAAGGCAGAAUAAGUGCAAUAGAGUCUUUAUUUGGAGCAUCAUUAACUGGGAUUGCCUAUUCUGUUUUUGCUGGGCAACCUCUAACAAUAUUGGGAAGCACUGGACCAGUCCUAGUAUUUGAAAAAAUAUUAUUUAAAUUCUGCAAGGAUUAUGGGCUUUCUUAUCUCUCAUUACGAACCAGCAUUGGCCUGUGGACAUCAUUUUUAUGCAUAUUGUUAGUAGCAACCGAUGCUAGCAGCCUGGUGUGUUACAUCACUCGAUUUACUGAGGAGGCUUUUGCUGCUCUUAUUUGCAUAAUAUUUAUAUACGAAGCGCUGGAAAAGCUUUUUCACUUGGGAGAAGUAUACCCUUUCAACAUGCACAAUGACCUCAAUAAACUGACAAUGUAUUCAUGUGUUUGUGCAGAGCCUCCAAAUCCCAGCAAUGAGACAGUGAUGGAAUGGAAGAAGGCUAACAAAUCUAUAGAGUCUAUAGAAUGGGCUAACCUCACAGUUAAGGGGUGUAAUGAUCUUCAUGGAAUAUUUGUUGGAUCAGCAUGUGGUCACCAUGGUCCAUAUUAUCCAGAUGUUCUUUUUUGGUCUGUCAUUUUAUUUUUUACAACAUUUUUCCUCUCCUCUUUCCUCAAGCAAUUUAAGACCAAACGCUAUUUUCCAACUAAGGUGCGUUCUACAAUAAGUGACUUUGCUGUAUUUUUAACAAUCGUGAUCAUGGUUAUCAUAGAUUAUCUUGUAGGAGUUCCUUCUCCUAAACUUCAUGUGCCUGAAAAAUUUGAGCCCACACGAAAAGACCGGGGGUGGCUUAUAGAUCCUCUAGGUUCUAAUCCUUGGUGGACCCUUCUGAUAGCUGCAGUUCCUGCUUUACUCUGUACCAUUCUCAUUUUUAUGGACCAGCAAAUUACAGCAGUUAUCAUAAACAGAAAAGAGCAUAAACUCAAGAAAGGUUGUGGUUAUCAUCUUGAUCUGCUCAUGGUUGGUGUUAUGCUUGGUAUAUGCUCUAUCAUGGGCUUGCCUUGGUUUGUGGCUGCAACUGUUCUUUCGAUAAGUCACGUGAACAGCUUAAAAGUCGAAUCUGAGUGUUCUGCUCCAGGAGAACAGCCAAAGUUCUUGGGAAUUCGUGAACAGAGAGUGACUGGAUUAAUGAUUUUUGUUCUGAUGGGUAUGUCUGUUUUCAUGACCUCUGUAUUAAAGUUUAUUCCAAUGCCAGUUUUGUAUGGUGUCUUUCUUUAUAUGGGAGCAUCCUCACUAAAAGGCAUCCAGUUUUUUGACCGUAUCAAAUUGUUUGGAAUGCCUGCCAAACAUCAGCCAGACUUGAUCUAUCUGCGUUAUGUACCACUCUGGAAGGUCCACAUAUUUACAGUUGUUCAGCUGACCUGCCUUGUCCUUCUGUGGGCAAUUAAAGCAUCUGCUGCUGCUGUUGUUUUUCCCAUGAUGGUUUUAGCUCUUGUUUUCAUUCGCAAACUUAUGGAUUUGUGUUUCACCAAACGGGAGCUCAGUUGGCUUGAUGAUCUUAUGCCUGAAAGUAAGAAGAAGAAGGAAGAUGACAAAAAGAAAAAAGCAAAGGAGGAAGCAGAACGAAUGUUUCAAACCGUGGACAGUGAAAUUGUACACCUUCCAUUUGAAAGAGGCGAUGUAUUACAGAUUCCUGUGAAAGCUCUAAAAUACAGUGUUGAUCCUUCUGUUGUAAACAUAUCAGAUGAAAUGGCCAAAACUGCACAGUGGAAGGCUCUUUCCAUGAACACAGAGAAUGCCAAAGUAGCAAGAUCUAACUUGAGCUCUGAAAAAGAAGAGGCUGUGAAAAUAGAAAUUGAAAAGCCACCAGAAACGAAGUAUGUAGAUGCGGAAACCUCAUUAUAGAAGCAAACAAGGGAUAUAUAUCAUUUUAUAGGAUAUACUGUAAGAAGGUGACUUCUAAGCUUCUCUUGAGUACUGAAACUGAACUUUAGCUCAUGUAGAUGAAGCAACAAAUGUUUCAGGUAAUAAGUGGCAAUCACUUGGGAAGUAUUUAUUUUAAUGGAAUGGUUGUUUCCUUUUUAAUAGAAAAAUUAAAAUUGCUUUUAGUUACCAGUACAUGUCAAAUCACCUUUAAUUGUAAAUUAUUGAUCUCCAUAUGUAUACAUUUUGAGUAUGUAGCUGGUUUUUUUUUAAAACAAUAUAAUUUAUUGCAGUAUGUAUAACCUCGUUUCAGGCAGUUACUGUUUGGGUUUUUGCAAAAUGUUAUGUGUCUCCAUUUCCAUGGAACAAACAUCCAAAUGUGCCAUUUUGUGAAUGACUGCAUUUUUAAAAUCUUUUUCUCACUUCAUAAUGUUAUUUUUAUGUGGGAUAUAUUUUAAAUUUGUAGGUAUCCAUUUCUGAAAUCCGAAAUUCGCUCAGUGUUUCAUUGUCGCUUUAAAAGAGUGUAAUUUUCAGUAUUAAUUUCUAGUCUGUUGCCUAAUAGUCCUCAUUCAGUAAUAUGUCAUCAGGAUUUCCUCUUCAUACUGCAUAUUUGUAGAUAGAUUAUACUGUGUCCAGUGUGAUAAAUUACGAAAGGUCACUAAUUCUGGGGUAUGGAUUGGGACACAAAUGUACCUGUUUUCUAAAUUGUAAACAUGGUUCUAUUUUUAGUUACAUCUCCACAUCUUGAUUGUACUCUGGGUUCUCUUGCAUAUUUUAUUUAGAGUAUGAAAUUAGGCCAAGUAUUUUUUGGAUGUAGUAUAAGAUCCUAAGCUCUAGCUUGUGUGGUCCAAGAUUCCUUCCUUAGUAAGGGAGGUACUUUAAUGUCAAAUGCUGUACAUCAGUGGUUCGCAGCCUGUUAGUCCCCAGAUGUUUUGGCCUUCAACUCCCAGAAAACCUAACAGCUGGCAAACUGGCUGGGAUUUCUGGAUGUUGUAGGUCAAAACACCUGGGGACCCACAGGUUGAGAACCACUGUACAUAGUAACUUAGAUUAUUUAAAUACUUUAUACUGACAGUUAAUCCAUAAGGCAUAUAAUUGAAUAUCAGUCCUAAUGCUACCAUGUUUGGAACUAACAUUUAUUUGUAAGUUGCAGUGACUGGAACUUGCAGAGUAAACAUAAAUGGAAACAAAUUUCAUUGAAGAAAACAGAAUGAAUUCUGUUUAAAAUCCUACAGUUAUGCCAUGUAUACCAGGCAUGUGCAAACUUUGGCCCUCCAGAUGUUUUGAAUGUCCAGCUUCCACAGUUCCUAACAGUCUACCGGCGGUUAGGAAUUGUGGGAGUUGAAGCCCAAAAUACCUGGAGGGUCAAAGUUUGCACAUGCCUGAUGUAUAUACAGUCCUUCUUUGAUGUUGGAAAUCUGCAUUUGAAGAGAUCCCCAAUAUUGAAGUUGGUGAAGCCUUCCUUGGGCCGAAGCUCUGUGCCUGUCAUAGAAUCCCAUACACACUAAGGAAGGCUAUUAAUAAUAUUAAUAAUUGGAGCUGAAUUGUGAUACCUUUUUUGUUAAUCUGGGAAUGUAAGAAUUUUAUGUGAAGUUGUAUAUAUUGGAUAUUAAACAUUUUUUUUCAUUCUGUGCAUAAAAAUACCAUGAAAAGUAAAAUAUAACCAUCGCUAGUUACAUCCACCAUGUCCUUAUAGUUGUAUUCUCACUGUUCGUUUCUCCUUGAAUACUUCAAAAAUACAAGCUUCUUUUCUUGUAAAUCUAUUUUCAUUCACUUUCCCCUAUGAAACAUCUAUUUUGUUAAUUUUUAAUAACCCACAUUUCAUCACCUGCUAAGUAAUUAAAUAGACUUUACUGACUUUCAUUAAUGGGUUAUCAUGAGAAUGCCAACCAAUGUACAUAGUAACCCUUGUUUAUUUGGGCACAAAUGAUAGAAUAACUAGUGCUAAGUGAACCAUUGCUGGUGCUGGAGGAAAAGGUGUGACAAAUUUUCGCUUAAUUACUUGGACUUCAUGAUCUGAUUCCACAUUGAACUUGGGCUGAAGGAACUGGAUAAAGUACUCUCUGUGUGAAGCGUGUGUUUCCAUUUACAUCAGUAAGUUCUAAAUAAAUAUAGAAUAACUUGUACUUCUUCAGAAUGAUGCACACUAGCAUCAAACAAUAUAUAAAGGGCAUAUUAAAAUGGGAGGGAUCACCUAUUUUCAAAACAUAUUACUUUAUUAUCUUACUCAAGUCAAUUUGCUGGGUGCAUCAGGAUUUCAUCCAUCCAGUUUUAUCCACUAAACUCCCCAUAUAUUGCAAUGGCAGAGUGAAGUAAUGGUGCAUUUAUCUCACUGAAGUUAACAAUAACUUUUAAACUUUUAAUUGUGGCUGAAUAGUAUCAAUACGCCAACUUGAACUUGAAUCAUUUUGCCUAAAGAUGAUGUCUAUAAUACCUGCUAUCACUUGGAACAGCAAUAGCCAAGGAAGUAGUUCACUGGCAGAAAUUACUAGCUGCCACCACUGUCAGAGAUGCUGAGAUUUGGAACUUAUUUUUAGUGACAGCCAAGGCAAAGUGAUAGUGGAGGAGGGUCUACACUGUUUAAACAUCAGACUACUUAUUAGGAGCCACCAAUGUGCAUGGACCACCUCUCAAUAUUUUCCAGUAUGUUUCCACCUCAACCUGGUGAUUUCCAGGAAUUUGGUUAGUUCUACCAUGGAACCACUUCACCAAUUGCUGUUGAGGAAGAAAUCUAUUAGUAUAAAACUGCAGCAUAAAGAACUUUUAACAACAACAAAAGUCAAAAUGCCAACGCUCCCUGAAAUUCCAACAGAAAAAAUACUUCUCUCUCUUCUUUCGGCAAUCUCCUGGAAUCUCACAGUGUUUCACUAGGAUUAUGAAAAGUGUGUAUCAUUUAUGUUGUCUCUGUUGCUUGGCUAAUGGUUAGCAAUAUGGUUUUAAAAUUGUAGGUACUUCAACUGCAACUGGCCAUAAACACAUUUUAAAAAAGAUUUGCAGUGUAAAAGCAAAUUCUUCAACAUACCAAAAGCAAGUGUAAAUUUGAACUAAAAAAGUGAGAACAUAAAAUGUUUAUACAGUACCACCUCUGUAUCCGUGGAUGAUACAUUUGCUAUUUACCAGUGUGAGACCAUUUAUAAUAGCAAAUUGUAUUGGAAUGGACUUCUAGCCCAAAAAUAUCAUGGAGUCACACUGGAGGACCUUGAAAAUGCCCAAGGACAUCUUUUGGUAAUUGUGAAUACUGGCACUAUGGAUAUUGUUCCCACGGAUACAGGGGCUGUACUAUACACACAUUUUGAAAUAGAACUUACAAUUUUAUUGAAUAGUGAGUAUGAUUUUCAUUGUCAAAAUUGGUGCUUAGUGAGCUCACAAAAGUGUUUAAAUCAGGAGUCUUAUGUAGCUGGUUGGGUAAUCAUGUUAGACCGAAAGUUGGUUUAUGGUCACCAUCAACAUUUCAUUGUAGUUAGCAUUAAUGUGAAAUUCUGGGAGCAGUAGAGCUGUUAUUUUCUUUCCUAGGUGUUUGAUAGUUUCUUCUGUUUCUUUCUUCAAGAAAUAUGCACUUUGUUUAUUUGAAAAUCAUGAUCAUCUGUCACCCAUCCUCAUCUUAUAAAUGUAUGGCCUGUUUUUUGCGGUAACGUUUCAAAAUUUUUGACCUGAUAUAGCCAAGAGAGAAUCACAAUAUCUAGUAUCUGUGACUUUUAUGGAGUUGUUUAUACCUGUCUUGUUUUACUUGAAGAUUUCUGUAUUCAAAGCUGCGCAUAGUAAUUUGCAAAGACCCAAACAGAUUGCCUUGAACUGUAACCCUUUGUUUUCAGAGUACAGACUUCCAUAAUGCUGAACAGUUCAUUCAUACUUUUCAGUGCCAAAGGGGUUCACAAUUUGUUUAAUUUAAACGAAGAUCUGAAAUUUAUUUAGAACCACAAUAUUUAUUUGUUUUAAUUAUGUAAAAAUAUUUCCAGUGCCAGAAAUAUCCUGACUCAUAUUGUAGUUAACAGUAACUACUCCGAUGCUGGUUAUUAGUGUCUUGUUACACAUUUUAAUCUCUUUGAUUGUCAAUAAAUUCUGGUGACGUGCUGAACACCCUAGUGGUAACUUAGGUUUAAAGUAGUCUACUGCUUUUUUAUUUUAUCUAAAUAUUAUUUCCUAAUCUCUAAUUAAAAGCUAUAGUAUUAAAGUAAAAUAGUGAAGGAAAUAGGUUCUACUGUACAUGUAUACAAAUGUUGCCUUAAAAGGUGUAAAUGAAUAAAUUUACUGUGCACUGAUUCACCUUGUGGUGAAACCUAAUUUAUAGCCAGUAUGUUUGCAUUAAACUAGUGGAAUAAAUAGCUGAGCACUUUUUAGAUGCCUUGAUUGCCUCCUGGGUAAUAAACUAGGGUGCUUCUGGACAGAGGGCUCCUCAUGUUGCUAAUCAAAAGGCAUUGUGCCGCUGUUCGAUGUCUUCAUCCUCCAAUUUUUUUGUUUGUGGAAGAAAGAAAUUGGGAAGGGCAAAUAGACAAGAAGACAUAUGCUAGAAUCCUCUUGGUGACAUAUCCAAAUGUAUACCUGUGUAUACAUAUAUUUUAACAUUGUGGAAGAAAGGUAUCCUCAGUGCUCCCUGCCCUGGCCAUUAAACAGCAGGUGUUGUACUCGGAAAUUAAAGUAUAUCCUCUGGCCACUGACCGUCCACAGGGAUUCAGCCGGGCAUUUUUCAGCUGCCCUUGCACAUCUAGGAUGUUCCUCAAGACAUAGGCUGCUCUUUCAUCCUUCUAAGCACCCUCCCAUUAGCAGAUUAGUGGCUAAGAGAAUGGAGAUGGUCAUGAAAGGGAGCUCUUUUGGCAUAUCUAGGAAGAAGUGGGAAAGAGGAGCAACAUCCACCCCACAUAACAGCAUGCAUAUGCUGGCAAAAAAUGUUGUUUUGCCAACAUACUGGAUCUCAGCCAUUGAUUUCUAGAUCUCUCUGCAAGUCUGUGUUUGAGUGAAUGCACAAAUAAAAGCCUUAUCUGAGAGCAUUCCUAGUUAACUGUUCAAGUAGCCGUACUUUCCCUCCAAGAAAAUAUGCUUUUUCUGAUUUUUUUAAAAAAAAUAUUUAAACUGUUUUACAAGAAGGAUUUUAAUAUGAUGUAGGCAUCGUCUGUAAUUUUUUAUUAUCACAUUUAGAAUAUAAAACAUGCUUUUUGAUGUAGGAACCCGAAGAACUCUGCUAUAGAUAUGCACAAACUGCUCACAACCCUGUUCUUACAGUAUUCCAUAUGGCAAACUAUGUAAGGCACGUUAUUCCAGAUUAUUGAGAGAAUCAACAAAAACUGUACAAAGUAGUGUGCAAAGCAUGUCAAUCACAUAGCACCCAAAAGAAAAUUGUAUUUCCCCCUUUUAUUUCAAAUGCAUUGAUCCAUAUGUACAAUAGUCUUAUAAAAUGUGCCCUUUGUAAAGGUAAGUUACAAGUGUAAAAUAUCAUGCAUAGAUAUAAUGCAUUAUAAAAAUGCACUGGUCUGCAUUGUUUAAAAUGGUUUGUAUUAUACAUAUGUUUUGUAAAUGGAUUGUCUUGAAGUCACCAGUUUGUUUGUUGAAUAUUAGUGUAACAUACUGAAUGUAUUUUGCUUUUGUUAAGUUUGGUCAGUAAUUUAAUGUUUUUAGAAUUAGGUAAUGGCAUAGGUGCAAUCUAUUACCUAAUACAGUACAAAUAUUGUGAAUAAACAUUUAAUUUAGUGAAUAGAUAGACACAUAGUUGUGUCACUAUAUACUUGUACUCUGAAUAUAUAAUAUGUGUCUUGUAAUUUUACUAUUUGGAUUUUUUAUUUUAUAACUUUUGAGUAAACUAGUCAAUUAUAGGAAAUGAUCACAAUUGGUGUAAAAAUAGUUUUUCAUAUUUAGUACAUAUUGUCACUAUUUGGCAGUCUUGGAGUAACUUAUUGAAUAGCCACGUUUUUAUAAUGGAAUUUAUUACCAAGGAGACAACUCCUUUAAUAUUUUGUUCCCAAUGUUUUAUUUUGUAAGUAUGUCUUCCAGGGUUCAGGACAUCCAGCUGAACAAAAAUCUGUACCUUGAUUUGAGGUGUAACUCUACACUUUAUUCCAAUUUUUAUGACAAUUUUCUAAUUAUGCAUAAGAUUUCAUUUUAUAAUAAAAAUCUAGAGCAAGUUAAUACUGCUUCAGAUGUGGAUACAAUAUUUUAUUUUAUAUGGUGACAAAUGUUUCUCUAAUAUGUAACAUUAAAAUUCAGCCUUUAUAAUUUGUUUAAUGACAGUUGCAAAAACUAUUUUUUGUAAUGUAUUAAAAUGUUGACAAAAAAGCAAUAAAAUACACUGACUUGGAA